AUGAAGAAUGAAGAGAAGUGGGGUCCAAGCCCUGGUGGAGACUAUCCGGCCACCCCCUAUCCCCGGCGGAGACUAUCCGGCCAGCCCCUAUCCCCGGCGGAGACUAUCCGGCCACCCCCUAUCCCCGGUGGAGACUCCGGCUGGUCUAUGACGUAUUCUAGAACGUUUCCGCGGUCACGCACCUUUCGAACACUCACCUUUAACUCGAAGACUCCUCCACAAACUCCAACAACCUUCUCCAGCCAAAAACACGCCCUCCUCGCAGAAUCUCGAAUAAAAACGUACGUUCUGCUUAACUAUAUCCCUGAUCUCUUUUCACAGCUCUCUUUGAGCAACAUUCAACUGGCUAAUCUAUCUCGUACUGAUUUGAAUGAAUCGAUAACAGUCACAGAAGAAGCCCAUAGGAAAAAGAGCUCAAAGAUGUCCGAAACCCAAACCUACACCGACGAAAACGGCGCCCAAAUCAUCGUCUGCCAGCCCGACCAAUUAGAGCAUUGUGGACGCUGUCAGAUGGACUUCACGGAAAUCAAUGACGAAGCUAGAGCCGAAGCUGCUAUCGCUGCCGGAAAAGAGCCGAACGAUGACUUCUAA